AGCAAACAUGAAUUUUAAUUAGCAUUAAUUAGACCCCACAAUGUGGACAGCCAACAUUUGAAUAGGCCUGUCCGCUGCUACUACUAAUAGUUAGUAGUAUUCAACACGCCUAUGCCUUAAGGUAACUCCCCCACUUCUCUGACUCCUUCCUUAACCAAAAUUUUCAAUUUCAGAGACUUAAUUACAGAUAGUGGGAGACUAUAUAUUCUUGGAAACAAGGGAUCUUUUUUUCCUUAUUGGAUCGUGUUCCAGAAUUUUCAUUGAAUUUUGAGUAGGAGAUCUACCUAUCUAUCUAUCUGCAGAAGAAGAAGGAAAAAAAAAAAAAAAGGAAUGGCAACUUUUGGAGGGACAACACAAAAGUGUAAGGCCUGUGAGAAAACUGUCUACUUGGUGGAUCAACUUAAGGCUGACAGCAAGGUCUAUCACAAGGCUUGUUUCAGAUGCAAUCAUUGCAAGGGUACUCUUAAGCUAAGUAACUACAAUUCCUAUGAAGGGGUUUUAUACUGCAGACCUCACUUUGAUCAACUAUUCAAAAUGACAGGAAGCUUGAACAAGAGUUUUGAAGGGGGGCCAAGAACAGCCAAGGAAAGAUCUCUUGAUAAGACACAAUCAAACAACAAAGUUUCAGCUUUGUUUGGUGGAACUCAAGAUAAAUGUGUUGCAUGCAAGAAAACUGUCUACCCCCUGGAAAAGGUGGCUGUUGAUGGCACUUCGUACCAUAGGCCUUGUUUCAAAUGCAGCCAUGGGGGCUGUAUGAUCAGUCCAUCAAAUUAUGUGGCCCAUGAUCACAAGCUCUACUGCAGGCACCAUCAUACGCAACUCUUCAAGCAAAGAGGUAACUUCAGCCACAUGGAAGACCAUGAUAAAAUUAAAGGGGUGUCUGAGAAUGGAAAAGCAAUGAGUCCUGCCUGAUGAAAAUUUUCGUGUUCGUGUGAUUUUGCAAUACGACAUCGAGAACCAGCCAUCUGGCCUGAAUCAGGUGCAGAGGUUAAACACAUAUAUACAAGAGGGUUAUUUACAAUGCCAAUAUAUAAUAUUUUCAUAUGAGAGUCAACAGAGUUUCACUUCAUUUUUCUCUUUUUAUCUUGGAGUGUGUUUUACUUGAUAAAUCAAAUGAUUUUACCUAAUGUAUGUACAAUGUGAUUGUUCUUGUGGUUGUCUGGAAAUUGGAGUGGCUUUAAAUUUAAAAAGUUCAAA